UCACCACAGUCUCAUUUUGUGCGCCCAUUGACGAGCAACGGGAUUCGACGUACGCGUACGCGUCCAAACAAUUACUACGAGUAAUUUUGCGCUUCGUGCAAUUUAUAGCUUCUUCUUACGGGACAUUUUCAGUUUUUUUUCGACAUUUUUCCAAUCAAAAGUAAUAAUUCGCGUUUCGCAAUGUUUUUCGAAAAGAUAUAAAAAAUUGUUGGUGUGAAAAUCAAAAACAAAAAAGCGCUUUUUCUCCGCUUGCGGUUAUGUGACUCAUUUAAUUGAAUUUGCCAUUGCGAGUUUUCUCACCCGAACCGCGCAGUGUGUCGUUCCAGUAGUCGUGAACGCCGAUCAUUUGCGACAUUUGCGUCGCUCUACAUAAAUGGCAUAGAACUUUUCAUCGUCAAGAGUGUCGCACAAAUUUCUCACAGUGUACGUCUUGCUGUGCAUUUGCAAAGAGUUGUACAAAUAAAAAAUGCCAUUUUCCUGCAAAAUAUAUGCAACGAAUUUUACACGUGUUGUGGCCUGCUUGGCAUUGCAAAAACUUCACCUUCAAUUAACCUCGCGAGUUUUUGGAUGAUUUUUGGCGCUUCGCCGCCUUUCGACGUUUGCUACUUUUUUCGAUUACUGUUUGGAUUUCUGUUUUUGUUUUACAAUUCGAUAUUGAAAAUUCCACUUUCAUUCUAUUCUUCUUCUUCUUCACUACACAUAAUACGCGAGUAUUCACCACACAUGCUCUCGUUACGGUGGUGAAUAUCGUGUAUGUCUGAAUAAAUUUGGUAUAAUGCAAAUUUCGGAAAAUUUGCUGAGAGUAAUUUUCAUGCUGUCAACAAUCGUCGCAGUGACUGAUUGUUGUUCGAGCCGAUUAUUACUGCUCAAGGAACACACACUGCAAAUCGUACAACAGCAUCGCCAGCACAGUAACAUCAACAGCGAUGGGUACGAUUAUGACAACGACGACUACGAUCAGCUGCAAAAGCAGCACCAGCAACAGUUGGAACAACAGCAGCAACAACAACAAAAGAUACCACAAUAUGUGGAUAUAGCUAACAGUGAGCUCGAAUUCAAUAAAAACUAUACAGAUGAGCACACGCGCUCCAGGGAUGAUAACGAAGAGAAAAGUACCGAUAGGCAAAUUUUGGGUGGGGCAAUGGAGUUGGGGAAUUUCGGCAGCGAUUCGUUUGAAAGUUUGCUCGGUAUUUUCGAUGCAGCAGCCUUCGAGACGACAACCACAGCAACAACAACAACAACAAAAACGACAACGACAGCGACAACAAGAAAAACCAAGAUGACGCCGACGACAACAACCACACAAACAAGAGAUACUACCACACUUGCAACUACAACAGAAACUACGAGCACUCAGCGCAGCAGUACUUCGAAAAGUCUUGAGAGUAGCAGUCAAAGUGGGAGCACUUUUGUAGUUGCUGCGCUAAGCAGCGAGUCCAGCUCGACAAGAACAAACACAGCCACACCUGCUGCAACAACACGACUCGGUGGUAUGGAGAGCGUAAUGAAUGAUUUGAAAACUGUGCGCGAUCUGUUGAAACUACCCUGUAGCGGUCAAUUUAAUGUCGAAUUCUGUUUGAAUCGCGGUCGUUGCUUUCGCUAUCCCAUCGGCAACGAGACGAUACAUUCGUGCAUUUGCGCCGACGGCUACGUUGGUGAGCGUUGCGAAUCGAAGAGCAUGAAUGGCUCCUACAUACCCUCCAUUGCUGGCGCCAAUAAGAAGCAAAAAAUUCGAAUGGCGCGCAUUGUCUUCUCCUUUCCGAUGCUGGUCUCGCUCUCUGUCAUAUACAUUAUGAUUGGCGCGGCUAUCGUAUUUAAGCGUCCCUCCCAACUAACGCCCGCGCCAAUGCCACCGUCGAGGGCACUUUCAACCAAAGAACAAUUCGAGCUGUUCGAGGCCGAUGAUGAUGCUGGCGAGUUUAUUAUGUUGAACUCCUAUCCAAUUGCUGCGCGCGCAGCUUCUUACUCUGCUUAUACGGACUAGUGCAAUUUAAUUGUGCAGAUAAAUGCAAAAUUCAAAUAUUACAAAUGCUACAAAAAAGUACUUAAUUUAAUUGUAAAUAUUAUUAUUACCACUUUUUCAUGGAACACUGCGCGAGCGUGGCUAGAAUGGCUCAUAUUCUGCCUAGCGCUGUUUUUUGUCGCUGCGCGCAUUUUGUCGCAGCGCUUGUGUACUUCGAUAUAUUUACAUGCACAUGUACUCAGAUAUUUUUUGUAAAAAUGUAGGUGUAUUAUUCAAAAAAAAAAAUAUUAGCUUAAUUUCUAUAGAAAUUUAAUUUAUAAUCGCUUCAACUUUCCAUUCGUGCGAAAGUUACUUUUCUUUUUUUCUUAUUUAUUUAUUUUUAUUGUGAGCUGUAAAGCUGGCCUCACAUUUCCGCUGGUGCUUUUGAUUAGCUUUAAUUUAUUGUAUGUAGUUGAAGGGAGAGCGCGCAAUCCCUAUUAUUUAUUUUGCCAAAUUUGGUUUAAAAAAUGUAUUGUUUUGUUUUCUAUGCAUAUUUUUCGCAUAUUUUCCCCCUCGCUGAAGCUUCAGUUUGUAAUUAUAGAUUUUUUGUUAAAUACUCAAAAUAUUUAUAUUUGUAUUUGUAUACUAAUUACUGCUUUUUCAACUUUUUGCUGCACUAUGCAGUUUAUAUAAAUUAAAAAACACGAAAUGCCGGCUCAUUUGCAUUCACAAUU